AUGUGGCUAGCCCGCGGCGUACAAUCUGCCAUAUUCUACUAUGCCACAUGCACUCCCUGUGCGGAAGCAGAGAGUCGACGUCGCCGUAAGAAGGAUGCUAUACGGGCCCAGCGGGAACAGGCAAAGUCCGCCGUGAUAGUUACCGAUCAGCCACAACUAUUCCCUCAACCAACGCCUUUUAGUACGAACGCAGGAUGGAUGGAAGAGAUUUCAUUAGGGCCGGGUCCGCCAGCUCGUCGACAUCGAUCGAGGAAUUGCCCAAGUGAUGGAUUGCCCAGGUUGUCGUCUACGUCCAGUAUGACGGUUGAACGGUCAAUGCUAUCGGGAGGGAAAGAAAAAGGGUCUUUGACCGAGAAAUUCCACUGGUCGCGCUUCCAGCGAGAAGAUGAAAUACUCUGGGGUGAAGAGGAUCAUUGGAGAGAAGGGGAAGAUACCAUUCUGGGCUCAUCGGUUGGUAUUUCCGGCCGUGCUAGGGCGGGGACGGGCCAUUCAAACAAAUACUAUAUUGCACGAGCACCUCCCGUGAACGAUUUGCAUCCGCCCAUUGUGAGCGGUCCGACGAGUCGUGCUGAAACACGAUGGAUGUUACAGCCGCCUCCUAGUGCGAAGGUCAUGGCCGGAAAAGCCAGGCAUGAUGUUAUGCGUGAAAGUCAGGGUUCGAGCACACGAAGACGAAGUCGCAUUGAUAUGAAGAUCAAGGAGUCCGAGGAAGAGGAAGAAAUGAUCCAGGAGGGACAAUUGGGUCCCAUCACAGAUCGACCUGGCUGGCCAAUUGGCAAGGCGACUAAUUCCUAUCGUCGAACAUUGGACACUUGCAGGAAGAAUCGACCUGCGAUGCUUGAAAUUCACACGUCAUUGUCGUCCCCGGAAACAGGUGACGAAAACUGCGACAGUUUACAGCAACCGCCCGCCGCAGCCACCACAGGAGAAACACUGCGAUCGACAUCAAUGACGGAUAUUCGUGCAUACGACGAGUGGCAUCUCCAAUUAUCACCAUCCUUCCACUCCCGGUCCAAUUCGCCAUCGAGCAUGGGGUCGCCGGACGACUCGCUCCAUUGGCCGGACACGCCGUAUUCACGGCCUGAUUCCAAACGCACGGCAGCAGAUAGCGGCAAGGGGUUUCACCCGUCGUAUCUCAAUCUAGCCGUGUCCUCUCGAGAAGUAGACAAAAGCAUUGAAGCUAUACAUGUUGAAGUGAACGAGCCGAGAUCGAGAGAACAGAUGCACCCAGUGAAAUGGCGCUGGAGUUUUGACAUCUAG